AUGACGCCUAGUGCCCAGCUUCAAGUAACAACCACGUUUCAGUCUCAGUAUCAGACACUGUUAGCACCUCCGCAUCUUCCACGGCUUACCUUAAACCGCCUACUACCUUCCAAAUCAAUCCACAAGCGAUUACUUUCUGGGUCAUCCGCAUCAUUCUCCACUCGCCAUCUCACAGCCACCAAACUGGCGACUCCACACAACCCGUCUCCAUCCGCAGGCGGUUCAAUA